CAGGGGAUGAAUCCUUCAAACAUGAAAUACAUUUCAGUCUCUUCCCCACACACUUACGCCACAAACAACAUCCACGUCCCUCCAAAAAUCCUCGUGCCACCCGUUUUCCAACCUGCCAGCUGGGAAUUGGAAAGGAGCUCUGCCUCCAGCCUGGAGGGUUCCCAGGAUUCUGACUCGGAGAGCCUGGAAAAGGAGAGGCAGCAGCAGCUGGCACUCCAGCAGAGCAUCCUGCAAAAUCGGGAGCUGCUAGGGCAGGAGGCUGGUGACACCCUGGAGGAUGACAGCUUGGAUGAGGACAGCUUGGAGGAUUUGAGUUCUGAAGAGAAAGGAGCUGAGUACGACUCAAAAAAGAAAAGAAAACCACAGAUUUAUGGCACUGGAAGGAAAAAACUGCCUGUGGACAAAUAUUCCAGCCUGAGGUAUAAUCCUCAUUGGAAGAAUGCAAAAAAGGGAGCAGAUUUUUUUGAGGCAGAGAAGGCAUCCCAAAUUUUUGGAGGAAGCAGUGGGGACUUUUCACUGGAUUCAUUUUAUCUCCAUUCUGAUGGCUCCUCAGAAAAUCAUGAACAGGAGGCAAAGACCCAGGAUGCACUCCCAGAGUUUGGUCCAGAAUUACUCAGCUUUUAUGGAGCAAACGUGGCCAGCGACAAACCUGUUGGGCCACAAGCCAAAAGGGAGGAACCUGCAGAUGGAUUUCAUUCCAAAGAUAAUCCUGGCCAUGCUUUUCCUCCUCAGAAUCAACAGGAUCCACCCCAAAGAGCAAAAAAAAACUUUGUGAGAAAAAAUAAACGGACUUUGGGGUUACAGUCAGCGAGGAUUAAUUCCUAUCUUGAGCUGCACAAUAAAAAGCAGCAAGUUCUUCAAGGGCAGGUCACAGAUCCUCCACCAGUUGAUGAAGAACCACUCCAGAGUGUCCCAGCAUUCCAGACUGGGAAAAUGAAGCCUGAAGACAAAUGGUACCCAAAAGGACAGCAGCUCAAGGAGCAGCACAGGUUCCUGCCGAGAAGUAAAGCAGGAUCCAAGCAGCCUCUCAGUGGAAGAGCUUUCCCCAGGGGUGAUGGCCAAGAACCCCCAGGAGCAGCAGAAGCAGAGCCCUGCAUCCAGAGGCACCAGCAAAUCCCGGGAUUCCAGGCUGCUCCCCCUGCGGAGGAUCCCAGCUCAGCCCUGAGUCCAAGUUCUUCUCUUGGCCCAGCAGGAAAACCCCAAAGUGGCUUAAAUCAUCUCCCAAAUUCAACCCUUACCAUGCCUUCCUAUCAUUUUCUCCCAAUAUUCCAGAAUUUUUACCCACCAGAGGUUUUAAAUCCUGAAUAUCCCAGUAAGGAGGACAAGAAAUACCAGCAUGACUCUCCAGCUGGAAUUCCACAUGAAUUCCCAGCCAAUGCCAUCCCUGGGCAGCAUUUUUCCAGGAAUAACAGCAGCAGUGGCCAGGCACACCCAGAACUGGAGAAUAUUUCAUCUGAUUUUAAUGCAAUUUUUCAAGAAAGGGUGAAGGAUCAAGCGCUGCUUCCAGAUUUUAAAAAUCAUAUUCAUGAGGAUAACAGCUCACCAACAGCUGCUUGCAGAAUCUCCCAUCUGACAGAAACGAAGGAGCAGCAUCGGCCAAGAAUUUCUGAUUUUGAGGAUGAUUUUGCUGGCACGUGGCUGUGGGGUCUGUUCCCUCCUGCCCUGCCCCAGGGGCAGAGGGGCUCACAGGGGGAUUCGGGAAGAGCUGAAGGAAAUCCAAGGAAAAUGAGACGAAGCAGCUCAGAAGGGUCUCUCCUGCAAAGGGAAAAGCAAAACCAGCCCAAAGCCAGCAAGAAGCUGGGUAGCUCCAAAUUCUACUUCAAUCUGAACAUGAAGCUUGGAGGCCUUGGACCUGACUAUGAAACAAUCAAAGAGAAAAAAGAAAAGCUAAAGCUGCAGAAGGAAUAUUCCAGGCAAAUUAAGGAGUAUAACAUGAGGAAUAUUACUGUGGUUCAGAGGCUGCCUGCAAAGCCCCAGGUGUCUUCAGUGUCCAGGCAGAAGGCUCUGGAAUAUGCCAAGAAGAUUCCAAGACCGAAGACUUUCAUAGCGAGGCGAUCAGAGCAGGAGCUGAAGGAGGUUCUGCCCCGGGCUCCAGCUGGAACCAGCUUACCCAAAAUCCCAUCCCUGGAGUCUUUGUGGAGCAGGCAUGAGAAGGAGAGGGAAGCUGUGGCUGCUUUUGAAGCCCUUCACAUCUUAUAG